AUGACCAAUUCACCACUGCUGACCGCCAAAGAAGAAGAAGACCAUCAUCAUCAGCACCAGCUCUUUUCAUACAAGCUCAUAUCAUCCGAUGUCCAAGAUGCACUUCCUGAUGGUUAUAUCAUUCGACCUCUUCAACGAGAUGAUUACGACAAAGGUUUCGUCAAGGUGCUUGCACAACUAUCGACUACAGGCGAGAUCUCUAAUGAAGCGUUUCAAGCGCGAUUUGAUCUCAUGAAACGUGCUGGGACGUAUUACAUUGUCUGUAUUGAAGCCGAAGGUAUCAUCGUUGCAUGCGCUACAUUGAUCGUUGAGCAUAAAUUUCUCCAUGAAUGCGGCCAGUCAGGGCAUAUUGAGGACGUUGUUGUCGAUGGCACACAAAGAGGGAAGCGAUUAGGAAUACGGCUUAUCGAUCAACUCAAACACAUGGCGCAAGCUGUUGGCUGCUACAAGAUUAUCCUUGAUUGCUUACAACACAACGUGUCAUUUUAUGAACGAUGCGGCUUGGAGGUGUCUCAAGUCCAAAUGACCCAUUACUUUCAUACACAGCAUUGA